AUGCAGAUGAUCAUGUUCCUGCACCAGUUGUUACUGAUACUGCUAUUUCUCCACCUACUGGAGCCACCUGUCCAAGUUCUUCUGCACCCUCUACGAGAGGAGCAUGUCAAUCACAUUGAUCGUUUUUGUAUCUUUGUCAUGGGCAGAGCAAAUGCAGGUAAAACAACUAUCUUGCAGAGGCUCUGCAACUCUAUGGAUCAACCAGAAAUUUUUGAUGGCAAUGGAAGGAAGCAUGGGGACCACAGGAUUGAGUAUGAACUGGCAUUCAAGAGUGAUCCUCACUAUGUGUUUCAUGAUUCCUGUGGUUUUGAAGCUGGCAGUGAGGAGCAGUUCAACAUGAAGAAAUUUGUGAUAGAUCAUGCCAACAUGCCCAAGCUGGAGAAAUGGAUUCAUGCUAUCUGGUUUUGCAUUCUAUUGAGUGAGGGCCACAGGAUGAUCACUAUAGCUGAGAGGAAUUUUUUUGAUGAAUGUGACACAGGCCAUGUGCCAGUAAUAGUGUUGUUGAUGAAGGCAGGCACUUUGGAGGUUGAGGCAAUUCAGGAGAUGGAGGAGCAACAAUUGGGGGUGAAUGAAGAGAUUGCUGCUAUAGAACAAAGGAUGUUGGAUGAGAAUCUGGUAAAGGUCAAGAGGUGGUUGAAUGAGUUGAGGUUCCCACCCCAUGACUUUCUGCCAUUGAGAGGGAAGUGCUCUACCAUAGCCAUGAUAUGGAUGCAACAAGAAGGUGCAGAUUGUAUUGACCUACUGAAAUGUACAGUGAAUGCUCUGAAAGAAGAAAGCUUGCAAAUGCUUCUGAUAUCAACACAGCAGUCCAGCAUAGCACUAUGUAUUGAAUUUGCCAUAAAGAGUUAA